CGAUACACUGCGAAACCACUGGAGAGAGCGACGUGAACGAGCGGCGGAGAGCGCGGGGUACUGCGGGGCACAGGAGGACUGGACUUGCAGACGCUCCAAAGCGACCGAAGAGACAGGACUACGGAGAAUAGACAGGACUCUUAAAACACUGGACUCGAGAAGACAGGAUACGCAAUACGCAUAGAGACCUUCAAGGACACCUGGAAGGGAGAGUUUGGGAGAGGUGACGGCCAUCAUGCAGCACUAUGGAGUGAACGGCUACUCCCUGCACGCAAUGAACUCCCUCAGCGCGAUGUACAACCUCCACCAGCAGGCGGCGCAACAGGCCCAGCACGCGCCCGAUUACCGACCCUCGGUGCACGCGCUCACCCUCGCCGAAAGACUGGCUGACAUCAUACUUGAGGCUCGCUACGGCUCGCAGCACCGCAAGCAGCGCCGCAGUCGCACGGCCUUCACCGCGCAGCAGCUGGAGGCCCUGGAGAAGACUUUUCAGAAGACCCACUACCCGGACGUGGUGAUGCGCGAACGGCUGGCCAUGUGCACCAACCUCCCCGAGGCCCGUGUCCAGGUGUGGUUCAAGAACCGCCGUGCCAAGUUUCGCAAGAAGCAGCGCAGUCUGCAGAAGGAGCAGCUGCAGAAGCAGAAGGAGGCGGCGGAGGGCCCGGCGGAGGAGGACAAGUGUGAUCCCCCCGCGACUGUCAUCUCUGAGGACCAAACCCCACCAUCGUCUUCCUCAUCCUCCUCAUCCUCCUCCUUAUCGGAGGCGGAGAGGCCCCAGCACUCUCUGCCCACCGAGCUGAGCGUGGAGGUGAAUGUCACCUCCGCCGAGCAGUCGGGCAGCGAGUCGGCCACGGAGGACAACACCGACAAGGAGGAGGAGCUCAAGCAGCUCCGGGAUGAGCCGAAGGGCGACAAGGGUCUGUUACCUGGCAGCAAGUCCCCUUCCUGCAAACGGCUAAGCCCCAAACCAGACUCUCCACUUGGCUCUCCGGUGGUCCCGUCCUCUAGUGGUGUCAGCGGUGGGAUGGCACAGAGCCACUCGUACUCCUCCUCUCCACUCAGCCUCUUCCGCCUGCAGGAGCAGUUCCGCCAGCACAUGGCCGCCACCAACAACCUGGUGCACUACUCCUCGUUUGACAUGGGCACGCCGUCCUCCAUGCCCUACCUGGGCAUGAACGUCAACAUACCGGCACCGCUGGGCUCCCUGCCCUGCCAGCCCUACUACCAGUCACUGUCCCACGCCCAGCAGGUCUGGAACAACCCCCUCCUGCAGGCUGCGGGCACCCUCCCCACCCUCAACAGCAAAACCACCAGCAUCGAGAACCUGCGCCUCCGUGCCAAGCAGCACGCCGCGUCACUGGGCCUGGACACCCUGCCCAACUGACCCCCCAGGACUUAGGCCCAGCUUGGGGGGGCCCCAAAUACCUCUGCCCUUUUCCUCAACGCACCCCCUGACCACACCUCACAUCAACCACACAGCCAACUCCAGGACAUUAUCCCCAGGUGCUCGACCUGAAGCAUUGUGUCACCAAUCACUGGGACUGAGAACUUAAACUAUUUUGUCAAUGUAAACCUGGAAUUCAGGAUUGGACUGUGAAGGAGGCAAAAACAUUGGCCGCCUUCAGAAAAGGUGCAAGAAAAGAAAGCAGCCCUCUUCAAAUGGGAAAUAAACCAGCAAAGAGUUCAACAUCAGCUGGAGCAUCUUACAGAUCAGCCUGUUGUGGGGACUGCAAGGGAGGGGAAAGAUCUCCCAGGUUGUUGGUGUUCAUCUGGGUCCACCUCAUCAGAACUCCUCAUGUGACCAUGCUAGGUGACCCUCUCCAGCAUGGACCUUCUCCACUUUGUAAAUAGCUUUCCCCAUUUGUUCACACCUCCCCUGGUUAAAGUGUAUCAGUCAGUGUUGCCUUCUGUGAAGAUAUGUCAAUAUCGUCUAAUUUCUAUAUUGUGAUAACGUCGAAUUAACGCAGGGGGACAUUUUAAAAUAAUGAAGGAAUUUAAGAUAAAGAAAAAUGUGUGCGACUGGUCAAGCCAGAGGUGGAAGUGUUCCCAGAGCAAUUAAACUGAGAUUGCCAUCACACCGCCUGUGUUGCACACACAAAAAAUGUGUGAUUCUAAACCUGUACCAUUUGUUCCUUAGCUAAAUUAAAUGUGACUAAUUUCUCUGUUUUAUGACCAGGAUUAAACCACUUGUAAGGAAAAUGACUCCUUAAUGAGAAAACGAUUUCAGUGACUAAAUGUGCAAGCUGUUAAUUACUCUUUUGCUUAGGGCAACAGCAAAUUAUGCCAUUAUAAACUGUGCACAAAAUCUGAGUUCCACUUAAAUCCCAUGUAUGGAACACAAUGGAUGGAAACCUCUAGAGGCUCCACGCCAGCAUAAUAAAAAAAAUUGUCCACUGGAUGAAUAAGAUUGUCAAAUAUACCUUUGCUAUCGAAUAGGUACACCACUAGUGGUCACACAGUUGAUGUAUAAUGGAAUUAUUUCAGUUUGUCUAAGCAAAUCGUGGGCAUAAUAAAACCCUGAAAAAAACACUGACUGACAGCUCGACUGACGGCUCUCUAGGGCUGACGAGCAGAAGUCAGUACUUCCUGUGGGGACAGGAAGUUCCCUGUGAAAAGCACUUCAAGGAACCAGGACUUACCCUCUUCCUGCUUAUGCCAGGUGUGAGUUCAUCGGCUGAAAU